GUUGACUCGGAGGAGGGGCUGGGUCGGAUGCGCGAGCGGCUCACCGCCGCGCGCGAGAUCGCCGUCGACCUCGAGUCGCACUCCUACCGCUCCUACCGCGGCUUCGUCUGCCUGAUGCAGGUCUCGACCCGCGAGGAGGACUACUUGGUCGACACGCUCGAGCUGCGGGGCGCGCUCCACUCGCUCAACGACGUCUUCACCGACCCGCGCGUCACCAAGGUGCUGCACGGGUGCGAUUCGGACGUGCUCUGGCUGCAAAGGGACUUUGGCCUCUACCUCGUCGGCGUCUUUGACACGGGCCAGGCGGCAAGGGUGCUCGAGUUCCCUUCCUUCUCGCUCGCGCAUCUGCUCAAGUCGUACUGCGGCGUCACGGCGAACAAGACGUACCAGAUGGCCGACUGGCGCCUCCGCCCUCUCACCGCCGAGAUGAUCACGUACGCGCGCGAGGACACGCACUACCUGCUCUACAUCUACGACCAGCUCAAGUCCGAGCUCGAGGCGUGCCAGCGAUCGGCCGCCGUGUGGCAGCGCUCCGCCGAGCUGUGCCGCCAGGCCUACCACACCGUCCCGUACUCUCCCUCGGACCACCUGACGCUGCUGCGCCGCCAGAACGCGUCGACGCUGACGGCGCCGCAGCUGGCGGUUCACCGCGCGCUCUUUGGGUGGCGGGACGGGCUUGCGCGCUCGGAGGACGAGAGCUGCGCGUACGUGCUGCCCAACCACAUCCUCCUCAAGCUCGCCCAGGCGGUGCCGCGGACCGCCGAGCAGCUCCGGCUCCUCUGCCACCCGCUGCCUCCCCUCCUCAACUACCACACUCCUUCCCUCCUCGAGACCAUCGCAGCCGCCGCCGACGGCACCGCCGCCGCCGCGCCGGACGCCGCCGCCACCGCCGCUGCGCCCUCCGCCGCGCCGCCGCGCGCGCAGUACCCGCAGCCGCCACAGCCGCUGCCGUCCGCGCCCGCGAUGCCGAGUGGCGGUUCAGGCGGGUACGGAGGCGGCGCUGGC